AUGUCGAAACGCUCCUUCAUAACGAACAUCACCCCGCUGCCGGCCAGCAUCUCGCGAGACGCCGCUGUCGCCCAUCUCCACGAUCACCAUGCCAUGAUCCAGCUGAACCCGCUGGUGCUGAGACACGAGAUUACCGAUCCUCCUCCUAAUGCAGCACCCGACGAGGCCCGCGAUGCGAUCUGGUAUGAGAUCACGGAUCGUAUCAAUUAUCUCCCUGGAGGAGCGGUAAAAGGCGAGGUGGUGUACAAGGCGUGUUUCUACAACCUGCCCCGCGGGUUACAGACGCAUGUCUUUGCACCCGGUGGUGUGGAUAUCAAGAGCAAAUGGAGCGUAGGCGGGUCGAUGCCUGGUGAACCGAGAGAGCCGGCGGAGCUGGGGGUCGAUGCUCCAAGAGAUGGACUGUAUAUCAAAGAAGAGGUGGAUCUACGAUGUAAUGUGUUUAUGAGCAAUUUUGUGAAGCGUAAUCUGAAGAAGUCGCAUCUGGUUGUUGCGGAUAAGAUUGUGGAGAGGGCCGAGCAGAUACAGGGAAACAUGAAUGGGCAUAAGCAAUCGCUAUAUGAACGCCCUACGUCGCGGACUAUCGAGCGGGACAUCGGAUUCAGUCAAGAACUGGCACGUACAGCUUCCUCGGGCUCGAGUGCCGGUCCUUCACAACCAAACAUCCACUACUCGUACCCACCACAUUGCGCCUGCGAGGGAACCAUGCACAACCCGAGCUGCUCGUUCUUCCACCCGGACGAUGUCACCCAGGUCGAUGUGUUUUCUCGGAUCCACCAGAAUAAGUCGAAACCUUACUAUGCCAUCUCCUUGCCGUCCAACUCUUCUUACUCCCAACAGUCGUCCACCGAAGCGUCUCCUGAUGUCGAUGAUCGCUAUCCUCGUGAGCUCGUGGGCUCGCCGGCGCGGGAUAGGUGUCUUUGUACAGGAGGACUACACGAGGAAGGCUGUCCUGCGUAUCCUGGCUUGAGAACGCCGCACUUCCCUUCGCCCUUGACAAUGCCGACUAGUCCCGCGACUUCGAUUCAGCAAUCUCCUGCGGCCUUCUGUGGCUUUCCCUCUUUGGCGGGUGCUGCUGUGAGCGAGCAUUUGAGAUUACGAAGGCCGAGCGAUGUUGCUGAGCUGGCGGCUGCUCAUUCUCGAUCGGCAGAAGAGUCGCCGAUGGAUGGAGACAUGAUGCCUGCACCACUUCGUUCGUCAUAG